GAUCCACGCGCUGAAAUGACAUCAAGUGAAACAGACUAUAAUCGAGAUCAGCCAAUGAAAAAAGUUUUCUCUUCAUUUUCUCUUAGUAAACCAAAAGUACAAAAUAUGGCAGAUCAAGCGAAGGGUAGUCUGCUAACCAAGUCUCUGAAAAAAUGGUCAAGAACGAAAACCAAGGUUUUACAGAAUCUGGGUAAAGCUGAGAAAACUCUUGAUGAGAGAUUAGAUGAACAUGCCCACAAAUUGGAAAGACAGCAGGAAGUGGCUGGGAAGCUUCACAAGGAGCUUAAAGGAUACAUUCAUUGUGCCAAAGCCAUGCAGGCAGCCUCCAAGAAUUUGUACCAAGUCUUGCAAGAAACGUACGAGGAAGACUGGCCUGACUGUGAGAAUGUCAAAUCCCAACUCAGUUCUCUGGAGUUAAUGUGGCACAACUACAUCCAGAACUUAAAUGACAGUGUGAACGAACCACUGAACAACUACAUGAGCCAUUUCCCAAACCUUAGACAAAGAAUUUCAAAAAGAGGUAGAAAGUUGACAGAUUUUGACAAUGCGAAACACAACGUUGAUGUUCUGGAAAAUGCCAAGAAAAAAGAUGAAGCAAAAAUAAAAAAGGCUCAUGAUGAGUUGGAAGAAGCCAAGAAAAUAUAUCAACAAAUUAAUGAUGAGUUACACAGUGAUCUGCCCAUGUUUUACGAAAGUCGAGUCAAUUUUUAUGCUUCCACAUUCCAAAGUUUAUUUAAUUCCGAAGAAAUAUUCCAUGGAGAGGUGACAAAACUAAGCAGUGAGAUAAACUUGGAAGCAGAGAGGCUUGCGAAAAACAGUGAGCAAAUGAGAUUCCAGCCCCGCCCCCUCAGUUCACAAGUGUCUGCUGAGGUGAAUGGUCAUCCUGAAUCUAAUGGAGAAAAUGGUCAUGAACCCAGUCCGGGUGCUUCACAGAUCUCAAGGAAUACAGAACCCGAGGACAAACAGGAACCCUCAACAUCAGAUCACGCAAUUUAUGAAAAUAGUGAAUUAGAAAAUGAUGUACAAGCAAAGGUUGACAACAAAGACGACAAAGAAUCUGACAAAACAAAAAAGGCGGAAGACAAAGUACACGCUUCCUUACCCAGUCAGGCAAAUGAAGUCAAAGUGAAUGGUGACCUAGAUGAAACAGUCUCACAAAAUUCAGAAGACUCCGCCCCUUCUUACCCCCCUCCUGUCCCUCCCCCUGAGGAGCCUGCCCAGGAACCUGUUACCCCCCAGAAGCAGGAACCCUCGUCACCUCUGGGAUCCCCGGCAUAUGAAACACCUCCCAAUAAAUUGCCCGAGUCCGAAGAGAAGAAGGAGGAGGAGGGAAAAGACGAGGAGGAGGAAGUACAGGAGGAUAUCAAUCUUUAUGAGGUGCCAACCUCCAACAAACCAGUGGAGUUACCGGCAGGUGUUCUCUAUCAGGUGCAGGCCACACACCCUUACACAAAUGAAGAUGAGGAUGAAUUGUCAUUUGAGACGGGAGAGAUUAUUUAUGUAAUUCCAUUUGAUAACCCUGAAGAUCAGGAUGAAGGUUGGGUCUUGGGGCAGAAGAAAUCAGAUGGAAAAAAAGGAGUUUUUCCUCUCAACUUCACAAAGAAACUGUAACCAUUCGUCUAGAGUGGAGACGUCUCAGCAUUCCAUUGGAACACAAGUCACACAGCAUCUGGUCAGAGGAAGCAGUGCAUCCAUUUGUUAACUCGUAGUUUGAGAUCUGAAUCUAAAACAGCAUUGGAUUAAUAUGUUAAUAUUUGUGCAAUGAUUUUGAUUGGAUAAUGCAAUUUUUUUUAUUGAUCCUCUUGAAUAUAGAUUUAUGAAUUUUUUUUAAAUUUAAUGUAAACCCCCCCCCCCCCCCCCCCCCCCCCCUUAUGCCACCCCCUAAUUGUAUUGUUGAAAGUCUGACUGAUUUUUGGGGUUUUCUGUCUUGAUAUAAUGCCAAGCAUUAUAUCGUUUAUGUUUUUGUAGAUUAAACAUAGUAGAUCAAUACCCUAAGUAACAUGAUCUGUAAUGUACGUAAGAGGGGGACAUACCUGUAUGUUACAUGCUUGAGUGACUAUGUCUAGACUUUCUUUUUUAAGUAAUGGUUUGCUGUGAAAGUUUUUACAGUUCAUUUUGCUCGAAUGCUUAAAUUCAUUGAGGAGCAAAUUGUGCAAGUUUAGCAAAUAGAUACAUAUAUUUUCUGUAAUACUUACACUCAUAAGCUUAGGUGGGGCACAUCAUCCAUACCUUUGGUGUGGUAGCGCAGCAAAAAUUCUCACUGAACAAAUUCUAGUGAACAAAGGUUUUAGAAUAUUUCUUUCUGUAAUCAGAUGCAAGUAAAAAAUCAAAAGCAUUUUCAAAAAGUGUGCAAUCUUUUUCCUUCUGUCAACUUGUGCCAUUCAGAUGUGACUGUUCUUUUUCUGUGUUCAGUUAGUAUGUUCCCGGUUUUCCCACUGUGCAUUUGGUAUAAUUCAUGUGUCUGUUUGUCUAAGAUUGUAUAGGUGAUGGGUGCCUGGAAGGAACUCCGACAUUCCACUACUGGGGGAAUAGUUUUUUGUGUUUUGUAUUAUUUUUUAACUAUACAAACUUAUCCUGUUUGAUUUGUUUUUAAAGGUUCAUUAAAAUAAGUACUGGUUUCUUUUUAAAUAUUUCUGCUUGAAGUAAGUUUUACUAAACUUUAUAAUGCAAUACUCAUGUAUGUAGCAGAGUUAAGAUAUACUCAAAUCUGGAUGGGGUAUUGUAAGUUAUAAAAAAAGUUAUGAUAAAUUUGGUGAAUACAUAUAACUGUUUUUAAGUUACUAUACAGGUAGUGCAUGUGUAUACAGUGUACUGAUUGUUAAUUUUUAUUAUGACCACACAUACAUGUAGUACAAUGUGUAUUAAUGAUAUGUAAGUGUAAAAUGUCCUUUUUAUGUGUAAUGUAAUUGUGUAAAUUAUAAAUCAUAUGAAAGAUUAUUUUUAUAACCAAGAAAACACGAAUAGGUGAUUCUCAAUACUGUAAUUUAAAACCACCUUUUGUAUCUGGUUACCAAGACAAUAUUGGGAUGGUGAAUAUUCAUGACUGAGGAAGCAUUCGCGAUACACAGUUCAUUGAUUUUGAGAGACAGAUUUCUGAGAAAAUAUCAAAUGUGGAUGAUGUUUGUGUUAAAACUUAGUUAACGAUGUAUAUCAUGUACAGUAUAUUGAUAGAGUAGGUGACUCUAGCAGUUAUUCAAAAUUUCUGUUAGUCUAGUGCAAAUACAGUUCUUAAAUACUCAGGAAUUAUAUGGGUACAGUAAGCCUUUUGUAUAUUUAAACAUUUACAAGUUGUGAUAAGUCUAAAGCACAAAACGCAAUAUUAGAGAUGCUUGAAUCUUAAGGCAGUAUUUGUUUUUUCUUUACCAUUAUUAAAUUGCAAAAGCUACCAGUUUGUUGUGCAAAAACCUGGUGUUGUUUGAAUUUUGGUACUAUACAUUCCUCCUGAAUCACAAAGAAAAUUGGUAGGCUCAAAUCCAGAAGCUCCGAGACCAUAAAACAGAUGUACUCAAAUCUCAUUUCGGUAUAGUAAAACAUCCUUAUAGUGAAGUACUGGUGACAAACAAUUACAGUAAAACACGCUUAUAGUGAAGUGAUGGGGACAAACAAUUACAGUAAAACAUGUUUAUAGUGAAGUACUGGGGACAAACAAUUACAGUAAAACACGCUUAUAGUGAAGUGCUGGUGACAAACAAUUACAGUAAAACACGCUUAUAGGGAAGUGCUGGGGACAAACAAUUACAGUAAAUCAUGCUUACAGUGAAGUGCUGGGGACAAAUAUAAACAUAAUUUGUUAUAUACAAUGAAGUCAUAGCAUGUUUUAAACCUACGGGAAAUGAAAAUUACUUCACUGUAAGAUUGAAUUCAUUAAAAGUGUUUUCUCUAUUAUCAUGUUUUACUGUAAUCAUUAUAAUUGUGUUCGCUGUAACUAUGUUUUUACUUUAAGCAAGAAUUCAUGUGAAGUGUGUUCUUCGCUGUAACUGUGCUUUACUGUAUCAGAUACAGUGAACUCUGAGACGGAGGUCAAAGUUGAGUUUAUGUCUGUUUGAUGGCACCAGAUCCACAUUUAUAUGUGUAUGGUUUGAUUUUUUUUUUAAAUAUCUGUUUUUACAUUAGAUCCUUUAAUAGUGAAGUCAGGAUGAAAUUCAUGUAAAAUGAAAGGAAGUGAAUUUUUUACUAUAUUUGGAUUUUAAUAAGAUAUGUGGCAGCCUAGGAAAUGUUUGAUCUGGUGAUACAAUUACCAUGUCUUAUUUUGAAAAAUCAUUUUCUUUACUUCACACCGUUUUUCCACGUUGGUAAAGAAAGUUAUUUUAUCAAGUAGGAUGCAGAAAUUUUCUUGGGUUUAUGGUGCUUUUCAUAAUCAUUUCUUUUCAUUGUCUUUAAUUGCUCUGAUCAGUAAAAGUUUAUUAUAAGCCUACAGCUAAAUUGUCAACGUAAUGAUACUUUAUGAAAAGUCAGGAUUGAUCAGGCAGUAAAAUAGUUUGAAUGCCAGGAUUUUUCAUCAAAACUUUUGUUCGUCUCAUGUCAAAUUUAGUAUCAUAGGUUCAAUAACACAUUUAUUGGUAAGUUAAUGAAGAAACUAAAAAUGCUAUCAUUUUCCGAAGCAAACUGCAGAAUUUGGAACAAUAAAUAGGGACCAUUAUCAAUCAGUCUUUCUCCUUUUUUCAAUUUAAAAUAUUAAGUUUUAAAAAUAAUUCUGAUUGAAAACGUAACACAGGUUUAUAACUAUACAUAAUGAAAGUUGUCCAUUAAAUCCAUACAUAGCAAAGUUCUACUUUGCAUUUGUUGAAAAAGUAGCCAUAUUAUUUAAACAUGCUAAAUAUUUUUGUCCAAUUUUCAUUUUAAAAUGGUGCAAGAGUGAGGUUUUUUGGAAAAUAACAAAACUAGUUUACUCUGUGAUAAAAGCAUCUGCUACAUAUAUAAAAAGAAAUGAAAAUCAAAACUAAAUGUUUCAGGCUUUAUUAUUUUAGUGAAAGUGAGGCAAGAAUUUAUUCAAUACACAUUGUAUGUCUUGCAAAAUUAAAAUUUUAUUUUUUAUACGAAAGGUGAUGGAUUUCAUUGCAUGCAUGGUCAAUGAAUGCUAUGUCCUGUUGUUUGAGUGUAGAAUUAAAGAUAGCAGUGCAAAGCUGGAGUAAAAUUUGUGAUCCUCUCCAUUACAGUAAACUACAUUCCCUUAAUGCAGUCUUUCAGAUUGUCUAGAAUUUAUUAUGUGUUAUGCAGUCAGUAAAGAAAUGUUGAUUUUAUGACAAUGAUGUCACCGCAGCUGUGUUUUGAAUGGGUUUUUUAAAUCCAAGAUGAAUGAUGUUUGUUCAAUGUUAUAUCUGUAUAAAAUUGUAUAGUAUUUUUAUGUAUAAUCACAUUCCCAAAAUUAAAUUUUGAUGAACUAGUUUACAAUGGUUUGAAAUUGGUGCCUCAUGUCUACCAUGCAUCAUGAUAUUUACUCAAACUUAUAUAUAAAGGCAAUAUGUAUGAUGUAUUUGUUUUGCUUAUAUUUGGGUGUGUUCCCAUAUAUUAAAUAUACAAUAUUAAAUCUUAUGUUUAUUUC